UGCUGUCACCAUGCCCAACUUCGCAGGCACCUGGAAGAUGCGCAGCAGCGAGAAUUUCGACGAGCUGCUUAAGGCACUGGGUGUGAACGCCAUGCUGAGGAAAGUGGCCGUGGCGGCCGCGUCCAAGCCGCACGUGGAGAUCCGCCAGGACGGGGAUCAAUUCUACAUCAAGACAUCCACCACGGUGCGCACCACCGAGAUCAACUUCAAGGUCGGAGAAGGCUUUGAAGAGGAGACAGUGGACGGACGCAAGUGCAGGAGUUUAGCCACUUGGGAGAAUGAGAACAAGAUCCACUGCACACAAACUCUGCUCGAGGGGGACGGCCCCAAAACCUACUGGACCCGCGAGCUGGCCAACGACGAGCUCAUCCUGACGUUCGGCGCCGAUGACGUGGUCUGCACAAGAAUUUAUGUUCGGGAGUGAAGGCGGCCAGCUUGUUCCUGCUUUGGGGGUGGGAUGCAUGUUCCCCUGAGGAAUGUCAUAGUUCUGAGCUGCCAGUGGACCUCCUCUUCCCCAUUAUCAACCGUA